UGCCUCAUUCUCCCACCUUUUACCCUCUCUCCCCUUUCUUACUCAGGACCAGGUUACAACAGAGGGAGGGGGGAGCAGAGUUAGUUUUUUUCAAUGAAAUCCACCUGCUCCUCAUCUCUGUUGUAUUAGACAGAUGGACCCAAGCAGGCUUCGUACCAGAGUCAACAUGGAGCGUCUAGAGAGAAGACUGCCUGGAGCUUUCCUCCUCCUUCUGCCGCUUCUGUCCGUCAGCUGUGUCACCAACACAAAAACUACAGUCUCCUGGUGUGUGCUGUCUGACGCUGAAGAGCAGAAGUGUCUGGAUUUGGCCGGGAACGCCACAGCUCGGAAUAUUAGAGGACAUUUGGAAUGUGUCCGCGGCCUGAACACCAGAGACUGUAUAGACAAAAUCAAGAACGGGACGGCAGACGCAGCCUCCAUGUUUGCAGAUGACAUCUAUGCUGCUGGCCUCUGCCAGGGCCUGGAGCUGGCUGCAGGAGAGUCCCACAACGGAGUGGAUGGUGUUAGCUACUACGUGGUGGCGAUGGCACGUCGCUCCUCAUCAGACCUGUCCCUGCUGGAGAUGCACGAGCGCAGUUCCUGUCACCCUGGCAUACGUACCACGGUGGGGUGGACGGUUCCUAUUGGCUACCUGGUCAACACCUCCCAGAUCAGCGUAGGGGAGCAGUGCAACUUCCCCAAAGCCGUGGGCAACUUCUUUGGUUACAGCUGUGUGCCAGGUGUUAAGGACGCCCAGCACGACCCGAGAGGCAACAACCCCAAGAACCUGUGUGAGGCGUGCAUAGGAGACGAGAACGACAGGCACAUCUGUGCCAACAACCACAGAGAGAGGCACUACGGAGAGGCGGGGGCACUGAGGUGUGUGGCGGAGAACCUCGGGGACGUGGCCUUCGUCAAACACACGACAGUCUUUGACAACUUGGACGGUAAGAACCAGGAGUCCUGGGCUCUGGAUCUGGAGCUGGAGGACCUAAAGCUGCUGUGCCCAGAUGGAACUGAGGCAGGUCUGGACGAGUUUGAGCGAUGCCACCUGGCAGCCGUCCCUGCUAAUGCUGUUGUGGUGCGCUUGGAGGACAAGUGUCGCGUCUGGAAGUUCCUGGAACGUUUACAGAAUGCAUUUGGCAACGCCACCGAGGGCUUCCGCCUGUUCAGCUCAGCAGGCUACGGUGAAUCCGAUCUGCUCUUCAGUGAUGCCACCCACCACCUGCAGAGGGUUCUGGGUAGCUACACCUCCUGGCUGGGCCCCACUUACACCACCACGCUGCAGGCCUUCGAGUGUGAGGGCUUCUGCUGAUGGAGCAGGAGGAAGACAUCCAGCACAUCAACUUCCAUCCCAUCCCUCCGUCUCCGUCCUCCCCUUCUGCCUUCCUUCGCUGCCAUCUGUGUCCCUCUGCCACUCCGUCUCGCCAUCUCUCAUCCUCUUUGCUUUGCUUUUUGUGUUUGUUUUCUCCCUGCGUUUCACCACCCAUUCUCUGUUAUUAUGUCCUUGUCCUUCUUGCACCUAGUGCUUUACUCUAGUGUGCUGGCUGGCGGGGAGGACAUUGCAAUCCAUUCGCCAAGAUAAAUACUGGCAUUGAACAUUUCUGCAAACCACAAAUGUUACAUUUCUACAUUUCAUAUGUCGAGGACAAGUUGAAAAUUCCUUUCUCCACAUUUUAAUUUUUAAUUUGAUGUGACAACACUGUGGUUAACGUGUGGUUAGGUGCAGACACAAAAACCACUUGGUUAGGGUUAGGAAAACAUGUUUUGGUUUAAAAUAUGUGGUGUGGUCGUCACAAGCACAGCUGGAAAUUUCCAGAACUGUCAUUAAAAACACCCAGUUUUGUUGUGGCUGCUCCACCACCCCCUCCUCCUCCUAAAGACAAACUCAGCUCAUAAGCAUGCAAUCUGAACUACGUCAAUGUUCUCCUUUCGUAAAAUCUCCUGCUCCUUUUCGGGUUGUGAAAAAAGCUGUUUGGUUGAGUCAUUAGCAAAGGAUUCAAGAGAUCCCAAACUCCCUUCACAUUUCUCCACCCUUCAUUUUGCAAUUAGUUCUUUCACAGUUUGCAACUUUGUGUCAAAUGCAUCUGAUAUUUCCUUGCGGACAAUAUUGUGCAGUGUGGCUGCCAGUUCAGCAUUCUACAUUGUUUGUUUCAAGCCUUUUGACAACAUCAUUGGGAACUUAAAGGGAUAGUGCACCCAAAAAUGAAAAUUCAGCCAUUAUCUACUCACCCAUAUGCCGAGGGAGGCUGAGGUGAAGUUUUAGAGUCCUCAUAUCCCUUGCGGAGAUCCAAGGGGAGAGGGGGUAGCAACACAACUCCACCUAAUGGAGGCACCCCAGAUUAAAACGUCCAAAAACACAUAAUUGAAACCACAAAAUAUCUCCAUACUGCUCGUCAGUAGUGAUCCAAGUGUCCUGAAGCCCCGACAUAAAAAGUUGUUUGGAAAAACGUCAUUUGAACUCUGUUUUUAGCCUCAUUGUAGCCUGAAAAAACUUCACCUGAGCCUCCAUCGGCAUAUGGGUGAGCAGAUAAUGGCUGAAUUUUCAUUUUUGGGUGCACUAUCCCUUUAAGAAAGCAGUACCUGUUUUUCUGUGCACUUUGAUUCAGCCCUCCAGUAUUUGUUGAGAAACUGACAAAUAGGUCCGUAUUUAGGAACUUAUCUUUAUAAUUACAGAUCAUCCUGACGCACUCUCAUUUAUACAUUCGAUGCCAACGGAACUGGAUAUCCUGAACUACGUCAGCGCGAGCCCGGUCUUACUCCAAAGUCGUCGAAAUGCAGCGCUUGGGCAGUGUCUUGUGGCGUCAGAAACCAACGACAAAAGGUGCUCUUUAACGUCGGCAUGAUACUCAUCCAGUUGCUGUUGUAGUUUAACGGUGCCCGCCAGCGUCGGGGGAACGUGGCCGGACAAGAUUGAAAGUUAAGGCGGCAAAAGUCUAAGUGGGGCAGAUGGGUCCAACAAACAUCGACUUUCACCUGAGAGAGCGGUGUUUGUGUCCUGUAAGAUUCUAAAGCCAAACCCUGUUCUUUUUUCCUAAACCCAACCAUGUGCUUUUGUUGUUGAAGGAAAAAAAGCUUCAAUUCACGGUGUCGUAACGACAUAAAUUUCCUGUGCAAACAGAAGUGUACCUCGAAAGAAGACAAUGCAUGUAACAGGCAGAACUUGAGACAGCGUCCCAGAACGUCAACAACCAACACAUCCAGGGUAUCUUUCAUAUCGUCCAAAUGUGACGAGGUUGUAGUGAGAAUGUGUCAGUGUUGAUAAAUGUACAAAGGUAACAGAUAUGUGGUUUGCAGAAACGUACAAUGCCAACAUUUUAUUGUCGCAGCUUGCCUGGAUAUUGCUAAGAGGGGCUAAUCUGCUACAAAAAACUUCAGAAAAUGUCCCUAAAAUUGAGCUUACGUUAAAAAGGACACUUGGCAGAAAGGGGUAGGAAAUAGAAAACCAUAAAAUAGAACGUAAGUGCAAGUAAACAUUUGUAGUUCUUAUAUUAUGGAUAGAUUGUGUCUCUUUUUAAAGCUCUUUAAAAAGACUUUGAUAAAGAUUUUAGUGGAGAUACAAACAAAAAAAAGCCCUGUUAAGAAUUCCUACCCUGUUUGUUUGUUAGAAAUUGUGCUGCAUUAGUCUGAGCUUCAGCACCACCCAUACACCCCCCACCUCCCUCCCACAGGGUUUGUCUCUGGCACUGAACAACUGGGUGCUAUUAACUCUGAGCUUAGACGUCUCAGUUACUGUAUGUGUGUGUGUGAGUAUAGACUUUUUCCCACAGCCAUUAUUGUCCUAAUUGGCAGUCUGGCAUAUCAUACUGUUUGUGUGCAAGUGAGAAAAACUGUGUGUGUGUGUGUGUGUGUGUGUGUGUAUGUUUAUGUGCCUAUGUGUUAGUGUGUUGAUAGGAUUGCUGCUUUCCCAUGGCUUGUAUAGCUUAGGACUUUGGAUCACUGCUUUCUCACGUCUGGUAUGGUGGACCGGACGAUGCCAGCUUGCAGUGUAUUGUUACACUAUACAGUUAAAGGAGAAACUGGAUUAGAGCUUGGGCUGCCUCCAGUGACCCCUGAGUGAGUCUUUUUGUUUAAAAAGCCUUGAUAUUUUUCUCAUCUGUGACAACAACUCCCAAAAUGUGCUCUCUUAUACCCACUUUGUCUGUCCUGCUUUAAGCCGUAAAGGACUCCUGCUGCAUUUUACUACCAUUUAUCAUUUAUACUUUAAGAUUGAUAAUACCAGCGAGACAUUGAUAAGUUACCAACAGGAGGAUGUCUGAGGCAGUUUGUGAUGUCAUCAAGAAUUGUCACAGAGUAUUACUGAAUGAAUGUGCUCUGAAGAUUUAUUUUUCUGACAUGUUUAAGGCAGCGUAAUUACAGAAUCACGCUUAGAUCAGAAGCUCUUUUAAAGCCUCACUUGACCUACUGAAUCAUGUACUGUAAAAUAUAUAACGGACUGUAAUUCUGGGCUUUAGUUGUCGGCUCCACUUUUAUUAUUUUCUCUCCCGUUCUGCACCACAGAGCUCGGCAAUAAACUGAUAAACCGGAUGAAGUUCUCCUCGUCAAACUGUGGUUUUUGACCUCAUUGUACUGCAAAAAAAUCCAACGAGUUAGAGCUAAUACAACAGAUACUAAUGCAGGUUUUUGCAGGACUCUGCUUUGAAAGAAACCCUAAUGCCUUCAUUUUGAAAUAAAACAGUCACAAGAACUCCCCAAGUGUGAAUGUGCGUGAUUGAAGACGCCAUAAUUCUUGAGAGGAGCGAUAUUUUGCACCUCAUUUGCAAAGGGUAAAAGGCAUAUCUGUUGUACUAAUUCAACUCUGGUUUGUACCAUUGGUGCUGUUUCUACUGUUGUCCGACAGGCUUCGAAUGAUGUAAAUACUCCUCACAGCUUAAAAAAAUGUAGUGCUGCAAAUCUUCUUUUUUUUCAACCAAUUAAAUGAA